AUGGCGCCCACCCACCCCGAGGCCAAUGACACCAGCUACGUCAACAUGGGCGAGUCCAAGGACGGCUUUGACGAGACCCUUCUGGGCAAACACUGCGAGUACGACUACUGCAAUCAACUCGAUUUUCUUCCCUUCUUCUGCCAAUCCUGCAAGAAGACGUUCUGCCUCGACCACCGCUCCGAAACCUCUCACAAGUGCGUCAAUGCCGGCGCAUGGGCCGAGCGUCGACGCCAGGCGCAGGCCGCGACACACUCACAUGGCCAGGGACGCCUUAUGCGCGACGCCGUUUCCGAGAAGCCUUGUGCGUCACCCUCGUGCAAGACCACGAUUGGCACAUCGCUCGUCCCUGGCGUCCACUGCUCCACCUGCAACCGCGACUACUGCCUAAAACAUCGACUGAAUGAAGACCACAACUGCAAGAACCUUGUGCCCAUUGGCGCGAGGGCGGGAGGCAGCCAGAUGGACGUCGUUGCGUCCAGGACGAAGAGCGCGCUCGAAAAGCUGCGGGCUUGGGGUUCCGCGAAGAAGGAGCAGGCCGGAAGGGCGCUACCCAAGCCAAAACCCACCUCGGUAUCGCAACGCAUGAUCGCCGUCAACAACCUGAAGAAGACAGCCAAGGGUGACGACAAGCUGGCUCCGGAAAAGAGGAUAUACGUAUACGUCGAAGCGGAGGCCGAGACGGCGAAAGCUAAAUUUCCCAAGGGCGCCUUCUUCUUCUCCAAAGACUGGGUCGUGGGAAGGGUCCUGGACGAUGCAGCGCGACGAUUACAAGUCGAGAAUAUCAACAACCGUUCCUCGGACGAGAGGGACAAGCUCCGUGUCUUCCACGUAGAAGGAGGUCGGUUACUUGAGUUUAACGAGAAGGUUGGGUCGGCUCUGGUCAGUGGCAACACUGUUGUUUUGUUGCGCGGCGUUGGGCCACCUCCUGACUUGAUCGAGGUGUGA